AUGGAAGGUUCAAAAAUUCAUUGCAAAUUCUCAAGAAGAACAAUUUUUUUUCAACAAUGGACAACAUUAGUUUAUAUAUUUGCUUUUGUUAUUCGAUUUACUCAAUCAUUAGAUUAUUCAGAAGCUCUUUCUAAAAGUCUUCUUUAUUUCGAAGCUCAACGCUCCGGUCGAUUGCCAUACAAUCAAAGAGCCAUUUGGCGCCACCAUUCCGGCCUCACCGAUGGGCUCGAUCAAGGGGUGGAUUUGGUGGGAGGUUAUUAUGACGCCGGUGACAAUGUUAAGUUUCAACUUCCGAUGGCUUUUACUAUAACGAUGCUUUCAUGGAGUGUCAUUGAAUAUGGCGAAGAUAUAGCCGCCGCAGGCGAGUAUAAAUACGCGCUUGAGGCCAUCAAAUGGGGCACUGAUUAUUUCGUUAAAGCUCACACUCAUCCCCACGUACUCUGGGUUCAGGUGGGUGAAGGUGACACGGAUCAUUACUGUUGGCAAAGGCCAGAGGACAUGACCACGUCUCGUCGAGCUUUCAAGGUCGACGAGGAUCACCCCGGAUCGGAUGUCGCCGGGGAGACGGCAGCCGCCUUGGCGGCUGCGUCAAUUGUAUUUAGGAGAACAAAUCCUCAUUACUCUCACCUUCUCUUGGUCCAUGCGGAACAGUUGUUUGAGUUUGGUGACAAGUAUAGAGGGAAAUAUGAUACAAGUGUUGGAGCAGCCAAAGGUUACUAUCCAUCGUUGAGUGGUUACAAAGAUGAGUUGUUAUGGGCAGCUAUGUGGCUAUACAAAGCCACCGACAAGUCAUAUUACUUAAAAUAUGCAUUACAAAAUGCACAAUCUUUUGGGGGUACUACUUGGGCCAUUGCUGAAUUCAGUUGGGAUGUCAAAUAUGCUGGCCUCCAACUACUUGCCUCUAAGUUGCCGAAGCAAGGCAAAGAAGACAACAAGAUUCUCCAAGAAUAUCGUUCGAAAGCAGAACACUAUAUUUGUGCAUGUAUGAACCAGAAUAAUAAAACUAAUGUGCAUCGCACCCCAGGGGGAUUACUGUACAUCCGCCAAUGGAACAACAUGCAAUAUGUAUCAAAUGCAGCAUUUCUUCUCAUGAUCCAUUCUGAUCAUCUCAGGGAAACUAAUCAGAUGGCCAGAUGUGAACGUCGUCCGGUGGGGCCCGAAGAGAUCUUCACCUUUGCAAAAUCACAGGUUGACUAUAUCUUGGGCUUGAACCCGAGGGGCAUGAGCUACUUGGUCGGGUAUGGGCCCAAGUACCCCCGGAGGGUGCACCAUCGGGGUGCAUCGGUGGACUCGUACAAAAAGCGCAAAGGCUUCAUUAGUUGUACCCAAGGCUAUGACAAUUGGUUCGGGCGUAAGAACCCGAACCCAAAUAUGUUAUUCGGGGCACUAGUCGGUGGACCGGAUAACAAGGACCGGUUUAAUGAUCAUAGGAGAAAUUACAUGCAAACAGAGGCUUGUACUUAUAAUACAGCCCCACUUGUUGGAUUAUUUGCAAAAUUACAUGGACUAGACAGAGGCACCAACAUUGAAGAUUCAACAUUAUUUUCUGCUAAGUAAAUAGUUUAUGUGUUGUCAUUAUAAUUAGAAAAUACCACGUCAUUGUUUUGCUUACUUUUGAUUGGUUGAAAAAAGAAAUACAACAAAAGAAGUAAAUAAACUUAUAGAGUAUAUGGGUUUGUUGGAUGUUCGAUAUCCAUUUGUUAGAAGUUCAAUGUAUUUAUGUUAUUCCACUAUUCACUUUUAUGAAUAAAUAAAAUUUACAUUUCUUCUUCA